AGAAAAAUCGCGAUGUCUCGAUGUUUUUUUACACAAACGCCAACGCAUAAUUUAGUUUUAGUUUAGAUUUUUUUCGAAUUAUAAUUUAUUAUACAAUUUUAUUUAAAUUUCCUUGGCCACUCAACGUUUGGCUACUGCUGGUGGUUGGCGCCGCAACGGCACUUGAAUGAACAACACGCACUGCAUCAGUUGUGCGUUGGUGUUGCUGUGAAUUUGUGUGUGUGCAAUUGGAAGUGGAAUCGAGAAGUGGGCAAAAUAAUGUCGAAGAAUAAAAUAAACACAACCGCGGCGACGGCAGCCAACGCCGAAACGAAUCUAAUUGAAGUGAAAUCAAAGUUCGAUGCCGAGUUCCGACGCUGGAGCUUUAAACGUCACGAGCCCGAGCAGAGCUUCGAUAAGUUCGCCAACCUCAUCGAACAGCUGCACAAGCUGGCCAACAUACAGUUUCUAAUACUCUACAUUGAUCCGCGCGACAACGACCUGUUGCCCAUCAACAACGAUGACAACUUUGGGCGUGCACUCAAAACGGCCCGUCCUCUGCUGCGCGUUAUUGUCCAGCGCAAAGACGAUCUGAACGAGUAUUCCGGCUUUGGCACGAUGAAGCCGCGCAAUCUAAUUGGCAGCAUACUUGGCCAUACGCCGGUUAAGACCAAAGCCCCAUCGAUAUCCAUACCGCACGAUUUCCGGCAGGUAUCGGCCAUCAUUGAUGUGGACAUUGUGCCGGAGACGCACCGGCGUGUCCGUCUGCUCAAGCACGGCAGCGACAAGCCGCUCGGCUUUUACAUACGCGACGGCACCUCCGUGCGUGUGACAGCCAGCGGCCUGGAGAAGCAGCCGGGCAUCUUUAUAUCACGCCUGGUGCCCGGCGGUCUGGCCGAAAGCACCGGCCUGCUCGCCGUCAACGACGAGGUCAUCGAGGUCAAUGGCAUCGAGGUGGCCGGCAAGACUCUGGAUCAGGUCACCGACAUGAUGGUCGCCAAUAGCUCCAAUUUGAUCAUCACCGUCAAGCCGGCCAAUCAGCGGACUCUGACGUCAACGCAUCGCGGCUCCUUCUCGCGCAACAGCCAGCUAUCGAGCGGAUCGCAUCAUACGAAUCAUACGAACACCUCCGAUGAGCUGGAGCACGAGGAUCAAGAUGAUAUUGUUGACCUGACCGGCGUUACGCUCGACGAGAGCCCCACCAGCGGCAACGUCGGAGGCGUCACAGUCACAACAACCACACACAGUCAUCAGUUGUCCUCGUCGCCAUCGACGCAUCACAAACAGGCCGCCUCCAAUGCGUCCACAAUUCUGGCCAGCGAUGUCAAGGAUGGGGUCUUGCAUUUGUAAAAGCGCGCAAAAAAAAGAAAACGAAAAGAGGAAAAACAAUAAUGCAAAAGGCAGCAGGUCACACACACUCACACACACACACAUACACAUUAAUUAUAUAUAAUAUUGGGAUUAUAUAUGCAGUCCACAUUCCACAUUUCAAACGUUUCCAGUUCCCAGGCAUAUUGUUUAUUUUUUAAAUUAAUUUUUCACACAUACAUGCACACACAUACAGAUAUUCCUUGUUAGAGUGAGCAGGAAUAUAGAAGAGCGAGCGAAAGAGAGAGAGGGAGGGAGAGAGAGAGAGAGAGCGAGAGGCUGCUUUCAGUUGUAAUUGUUUAAUUGCAAUGCGAGCCACGCCCACGCCUUAGACACGCCUCAAACUUAAACAUUGCAUUCCAUUUAUGUACUUUGCGGCACACACACACACGCACACCCACCCACACACACACACACAACAAUUAAACAUUUUGUAUGUACUUACAACCUUAGCUAAAAAUUUAAGCAAAAAUGUUUGUUUGUUCCGUCUAAUUUCAAUUUAUAUAUAUAUACAAUUUUUUUUUUUAAAUAUGUUUGUAACGUGUGCGAGCUUAAGAAAAGUGUUACUUAAUAUUCUUAAUAUAUAUUAUAU